CUGGUAGUUUGGCGGAGGCCGGGGGAGCGGCAGCGGCAGCGCGGUGGCCAUGGCGCUCCGGGCGGGGUGGUGCGGCCUCUGGGGUGGUGCGGCCGCGCGCUUCCUUCCCACGACGCGGGAACACAGUGAAAGCCAUGCAUCCAAUGAAGUGAGCUGUUUCUCACGAAAGCUUAUGCUCAAAUGAAUUGUUUUUCAGUCAUGGAUCAAAUAUAUUAAGUCAAAGUAACAAUGCACCACAAACUAGCUUCUUUCCACCUCUUCAAAAAAUGAUGUUACCACCAAAUGCCUUUCAAGGAAAAGUGGCUUUUGUUACUGGUGGAGGUACUGGGCUUGGCAAAGGAAUGACAACAGCUCUGUCCAGUUUAGGUGCCGAAUGUGUUAUAUCAAGCAGGAAGAUCGAUGUUUUGAAACAAACUGCAGAAGAGAUUUCUUCUAAAACAGGAAACAAGGUUCAUACAAUCCAGUGUGAUGUGAGAGACCCAGCUUCAGUUAAGAAUGCUGUUGCUGAAUUAAUCAAGGUGGCAGGACAUCCUGAUGUUGUGAUAAACAAUGCAGCUGGAAACUUUGUUUCUCCUACUGAACGUCUUUCUGCUAAUGCUUGGAAAACAAUAGUUGAUAUUGUUCUUAAUGGUACUGCCUUUGUAACUCUAGAAAUUGGAAAGGAACUAAUUAAAGUACAAAAAGGGGCAGCAUUCUUGGCUAUUACAACUAUCUAUGCGGAGAGUGGGUCUGGAUUUGUAUCACCAAGUGCCUCUGCCAAAGCUGGGGUAGAUGCAAUGUGCAAGUCUCUUGCAGCUGAAUGGGGUAGAUAUGGCAUGAGAUUCAAUGUGAUCCAACCAGGUCCAAUAAGAACAAAGGGUGCUUUUAGUCGUCUUGACCCAACAGGUACAUUUGAGAAAGAAAUGAUUGGGAGGAUUCCCUGUGGCCGUCUGGGAACUGUAGAAGAAAUUGCAAAUCUUGCCACAUACCUCUGUAGUGAAUAUGCAAGUUGGGUGACUGGAGCAGUUAUUAGAAUGGAUGGUGGAGAAUAUGUUUCUAUGGCUGGAGAGUUCAAUGACCUGAAAAAGGUUACCAAUGAGCAGUGGGAUAUAAUGGAAGCAUUAAUCAGGAAAACAAAAGGCUCUUAAAAUACUCGUCUUAUCUUCCUUACAGAAAGUAUCACUGGAAAAGUACCAUUAGCUGUAAAUCACACACAUAUUAAGAAAUAAUCUUGUUAAACAUUUUAUUGGCAAUUCUAAUAAAACAUUUUUAAAUUGGAA